GAUUGACAUUGCGUUUGACAGCUUCGAAUUUGUUCGGCGGCCGUACUAGUUGACCUUACGAACCGAGAUAAAUAAACUUAUUUUUUAACAGUGUGUCGGCGAGAUAACUCGCUCAUAAAUUGCGUCCCAGACCUAUCUAUUGUUCAGUGAAAAUGCCUAGCGUUGUUACUGUUAAUACAACCCCUUUCGAAGGGCAAAAGCCGGGUACUAGUGGUUUACGUAAAAAAGUAAAAGUUUUUCUGCAAGAAAACUACACAGAAAACUUUAUCCAGAGCAUUUUGGACGCUAAUAAGGAUAGCAUCGUGGGUUCUACGCUGGUGGUAGGCGGAGAUGGAAGAUACCUUGUAAAAGAAGUCGUGGAUAAAAUUAUAAAAAUCAGCGCUGGAAACGGGGUUGGCAAACUAUUAGUAGGCCAAAACGGCAUCCUUUCCACACCAGCGGUGUCAUGCAUCAUCAGAAAAUACAAUACUCUUGGAGGCAUAGUCCUAACCGCCUCCCACAACCCCGGCGGCAUCAACAACGACUUCGGCAUCAAGUUCAACUGCAGCAAUGGCGGACCAGCUCCUGAUCACACCACCAACGAGAUCCACGCGCUCACCACCACCAUCAAGGAGUAUAAGACCGUUCCAGACCUCAAAUGCCCUGUCGAUAAAACUGGCAUCUUCAACUUUACCGUGGACAGCAAACCAUUCGUGGUAGAGGUCAUCGACCCCGUCCAGGACUAUGUGAGCUACAUGAAAGAGAUCUUCGACUUCCCGAAGAUUAAGUCGCUCAUACAAGGCACGGAGCAGAGAAAACCGUUCAACGUACUCAUUGAUUCUAUGAGCGGAGUAACCGGCCCAUACGUGCAAGCUAUAUUCAUCGAUGAACUUGGCGCGUCAGUCAACAACGUGCGUCGAGUGACUCCAUUAGAAGACUUCGGGGGCGCCCAUCCUGACCCCAACCUGACUUAUGCCGCUGAUUUGGUCGCGGCGGUCAAGGGAGGGGACUAUGAUUUGGGAGCCGCUUUUGAUGGCGAUGGCGACCGCAACAUGAUAAUAGGCCGUGGCGCCCUCUUCGUGACUCCAUCUGACUCGUUGGCCGUCCUGGCUGCGCAUGCGGCUCUGGUCCCCUAUUUCCAACGUAACGGAGUCAAGGGUUUCGCUCGCUCAAUGCCCACUGCCGCCGCCGUCGACCGUGUUGCCAAGGAGCUCGGGAUGGAAAUCUUUGAAGUGCCGACUGGUUGGAAAUACUUCUGCAACCUAAUGGACGCCGGUCGCCUCUCGCUCUGCGGGGAAGAGAGCUUCGGCACCGGCUCAGACCACGUGCGAGAAAAGGACGGACUAUGGGCCGCUCUCGCUUGGCUAUCAGUCAUAGCUGUCACCGGCAAAUCGGUUGAGGAGAUACUGAAGGAACACUGGGCCAAAUACGGAAGGAACUACUUUACUAGAUACGACUACGAGGAAUGCGCCAGCGACCCGUGCAAUGAGAUGAUGACCGCCCUCGAGCAACGCAUGACCGCUCCCGGCUUCGUCGGGUCAUCUCACACGUCGGGCUCCAAAACCUACGUCGUUAAAGUGGCCGAUAACUUCUCCUACAUGGACCCUAUCGACCGCAGCGUGGCUAUGAAACAGGGUCUGAGGAUUAUCUUCGAAGACGGGUCUCGCAUCGUGCUGCGUCUUAGCGGAACCGGUAGUUCAGGAGCUACCGUCAGACUAUACAUCGACUCGUACGAAGCCAAGGACGUUCUCGGCGACGCGCAGGUGAUGCUGCGGCCGCUCAUAGACGUGGCGCUGCAACUCUCGCAGCUGCAGAAUUACACUGGUCGCGACGCCCCCACCGUCAUCACGUAAGGCGCCAUCUGUCGUCGUGGUCGCAAACGU